UCACUCAGAGGGUUACGUCUUCAUUCGCAUCUUCCACCCAGUACUGGUCCGGUCUGACAGCGAUCAGGUGAUCGUACUUCGUGGAUUGACGGUCGUAGCUGGCAAAAAUGGGCAAGAAACGAGCGGCGCAAACCGCAGCAGCGCAGCCUUCAGGACUCGCAAACGGCCGUGCAGACGUGGACGCAGGUCACAAGGCCAAGAAAGCGAAGAAAGAUGAUCAAACACAGGCGACUGGCCAAAAUGAGGGAGUUUUAGCCACAUCGCAAGCAGCUUCCAAGAAAGAAAAAAAUACCAAGAAGGGCAAGCGGCAUGAAUCCAGCGAAAAGGGCAAGAGAAAGGACAAAGCGAAGGAUGGGAGUAGUGGUGAUUCUGGCAUUGGCGCGCCUUUUCUCGCCGCCGCCAAGGAGAACUCCACUUUCGACUCUGAGCUAGACAGCAUCUUUUCGACUGCUGCUAAGGCGCCACGGCCGAUCGCUCCUGUACCUUCGCCAGCGCCCACGCACCCAUCCGUCGCAGAGUCUGACGGACAGAAGGCCGCAGCGCGCGAAGGGGCGGCGGGAGAUGGAAAACGGGGAUCAGAGGAAGAGGAGGAUGGCGAUGAUGCAGAUGAAGAUGAAGAAGAUGAGAAGGAUCUAGAUGGCGAGCAGAGUGAAUCGAGCAUGAUCAAUGGCCUAGCCGAAGAAGAUGAGGACGCAGAGCUGGAAGCCUUGAAUGAGGCUCUGGAGAACUUGGACGAUGGGGAUGAUGAUUCGGUGGAGGACAAUUCCGACGAGUCAGACUCAGAAGAAGGAGAAGAGGGUGUUCAGAAAGAAGCGACCAGCAUUGAUAACCUGGUCCAGGCCGGGCUGUCGGAAGAAAAGCAAAAAGCCAAGGCCACUGGAAAUACCAAGGAGAAAAAACAAUUGACCAAGCAGGAGCAGGAAGAGCAAAAUAGACGGACGAUAUUCAUUGGCAACCUUCCCAUCGAGGUUGUCAAAUCCAGGCCCCAUCAAAAGAGCCUUAAGCGCCACAUGGCCUCAUGCCUUGUGGGCCUCGAUGUCGCCGCGAUCAGCUCGCUCCGCUUCCGCUCCAUACCUUUCUCUGUCCCAACCGGCGAUUAUACUUCUUCCGCCGCUUCUGCAGCGGAAGCUGCAGCACUUGAGCGAAAGAAUGAGCGUUCGCUGGCACAUCGACAGGCGGUCGCAGCGCUCGCGGCAGAAGAUCGCGGACUCAACCCAGACAGCGUCCAGUUUCUCAGACCGAGCCAGAAACGCAAGGUUGCGUUCAUCAAGCAGGAUCUCAAUACGAAUGCCACCAGCGUCAAUGCGUACAUGACACUCGCUGUGGACGUGGGAAAGUCGCCAAAAGAAGACGCUGCCACGUCAGAGAAAGCGAUUUCACCCGCACGCAUCCUUGCUGCAGCGCUCGCCGCGAGUGCAGAUGGCACCCUCUUCUUGGAUCGUCAUCUCCGGACCGAUCUUGCAGUUAGACUCGCUGGUGAAGAGACAGCUAAUGCUGUCGGCAUCGUAAGGCAAGCUCAAAAGGAAGAAGACAACAACGCGAACAUUUUGGCAGCAAAUGCACCAAAGAUUAUGGACCUGCUCACCGGGUCUGGACUAGGAGACGCUGACCCAAAGCGCACGGUAUUCGUCGGCAACCUCGAUUUUACGGCCAAAGAAGAGGAUCUUCGUGCUUUCUUCGAAGGCCUGGUGACUGGGGAGCGAGGACCAUGCCCGCCUUCCUCUGACAUGUCGACGCCAACGUGGGUCCGUUCCGUGCGAAUAGUGCGCGAUCGCGCAACGCAGUUAGGGAAGGGCUUUGCGUAUGUGCGAUUUAUCGACGACGCAUGCGUAGAUGAGGUUAUGGCCAUCCAUGAGGCUGAGCAAGCUUUCCUGGCGCAAUCAUCGCCAACUCGGUCCGGGGCGAGAGGAGCUGGAAAUCAACAGCACCAGAAGUCAGCGCCCCGGAAGGCGGUGGAAGAUGCAUCAGGCAAUAAGGUCGACUUCAAGCGAAAGCUCAAAUUUAUGAAGCGCCCCAUCCGUGUCUCGCGCUGCAAGGCUACCACGAAAUCUGCCACUGCUUCAGCAAGGAAGGCUGUCUCGUUCGGUGCAAGGACCAACAGCGGCGCCGGUUCUUCGCCACGCUACAAUGGGCAAUCAAGUCCCGCUAUACGCGAUACACCGGGCGUUCGAAGGCGCUCGACAGGCGCGCCGACUCCUGGCGGCACGUCGCCUUACAUGGUUGGCUCAAGAGACAAUAAGCACGGGGCCACGGCGGCGAACCGCCUGACGGGUAGUCCGGUCAGCAAGCGUUCACAGCGCUUCUCCACCGACGGCGCCGCUUCUAGGAACAGCGGCGUCCAAGCAGCGCCGACCGGUGGUGCUGCCGACAAGACAUCCGCCGAGUAUCGGUUGCUGGACAAGGAGACGCGUUCUGCGCUGAAGAAGGCUGAUGCCGAAAGGCAGGCGCGCAGGCUGGAGAAGAAGCAGAGAAAGGCGAUCGCGAACAAGAUGCUGGACGCUGAUGCGAAUGCAUCGGGAAAGGUGAAGCUCAAGCAGGGCAAGGCCGCGAAGAAGGGUAGGCCGGGUGCAGGAACAGGCGGCAAGCGCAAGAAGGAGGAGAAAGGGAAGAAAAAGAGUAGCGCCAGCGGGCGCUGAUGUCUUUCUUGCCAUGAAUUUAAAAUACAAUUUUGCAUGCGAUAU